CUGAUUACUGGAGCGUCACCAGGCUCGGCGGGUGAUGCCAUGGCCCGGCAACUUUUGAGUGAGGGGCACGAUAUCUACGUGACUUCUCGCGAUGUAGCUCGUCUCAAUGAGCUGCAAACUAUGGGCGCACAUACUUUCAACCUGGAUGUUACUUCGUCAAAAUCCAUCAAAGCACUCUCAGACUCUAUUCCAGCUCUCGAUGUACUCAUCAACAAUGCGGGAUGUUUACCGCGCGGUCUAUUAAGAGAGGCUACUAUCGAAGAAGUGGAAAUGUGUUUCCGGACCAACGCAUUCUCAGUAAUCACAAUGACAAAUGCUUUUCUUCCACAACUGCGGGCCUCCAAGGGAAUUGUGGUCAAUCACGGAUCCUUAUCUGCGGAUUAUCCCUGGUUGGGCUUCGGUGUUUAUUCCGCCUCGAAAGCUGCGCUGGCGGCUUUGAACGAUAUUUCUCGCAACGAACUUGCGCCAUUGGGGAUUCGGGUUGUCUACCUUCGCAGUGGUUUUAUAUCAACCCCUCUGCUGGCA